AAUAAAUGAUAAUAACCACUUGCUAAUAUUUCAAGUAGCAUGACAACAAUGAGUGUUUAAAUUAAACCCAAGUUCUUUGUUAUUAAACAUGUAUUGACGACUUUUUAUCUUAUGAAUAAAUAGACUGUUACUAUCCAUUUAUCUCCACUCUUUUUUUUUUUUUGUUUUUUCUUUUAGAAAAAAAAAAUAUACACAUAUAUGAUGCCACAACCAAUUCCAGUUUUCAUAGAAUAUCAUUGCCAUGUAUGUAAUGAAAGACUAAGUACUGCACCUGUUCUGAUUAAACAUCUAGAAAAAUUCCAUAGUAUUCAAAUCGAACGUAGAAAACCUGGUAAAAAUAGACCGAAAGAUGUUAAAUAUGAAUUCAAGAAAAAGAAGGAAGCUAAUACAAAUUAUGUUAUUCAUUUUGGUUGUCCCACUUGUUGGUUCCAUUGCGAGCCUAAUUAUCAAACUAUAGCAGAACAUAUCAAAAAUGAACAUGUGGAUAACCAAGUAACUAAUAAACCCACUAUCAUAGAUGCUCCUGAACCAAUCAUGUAUCAACACCGUUAUUAUGAUAAUAAUCAUUAUGAUGAAUUUAACCCUGCUCAUGAUUAUCAUGAUAAUUACCGAGAUAUGAAAGAUCAUCAUCAGAUAAAUAUGGAAGCUCAUCAUCAGAUAAAUAUGGAUAAGCAAGAUAAUAAUCAUCUUGACUCCUCUGCUAAACAAAAAGAACUAUUAGGUCUUGUAGAUGAUUUAGUUGCCAAUUUUAAAAGGCUUUUUACUGAUAAAGUAAUGACAAAAUAGUUUUUUUUUUGAAACAAGUCAAUGUUGUCAAAUAAAGUGUAAUCCUUAAUAUAUACGCUUUUAUUUUUAUUGGGUGGGGGUAGGGUCAGACAUAAUUGUGUAUACAAGGACAACAAUUUA